AUGGUGUCGAUGCAGAAGGCCAAGCUUCUGGGCCCCAUGCUCUUUGCGCUCCUGUUGAACCAGCUAGACUUUUGGACCGACGUGGUUGUGGUGCUGGAGUAUGGCUGCUUCAUCCCCAACAACCUGGAGCUGCCCUGCGCAGGUGCGGAGCCGGCGGCUGGCAACGCCACCAAUGCGACCACCGAGGCCGAGCAUUCGGAGCCUCCUCUGGAGCUCGUGUGUCGGCCGCAUUGGUGGUGGUUUGGCAUCGCCGGCUCCAUGCUGCUCGUCUCCACGGUGGUCCCCGCUUUCAUUUGGGUAUAUAACAAAAGGGUUGAUGGGCCAUGCUCGCGCUGCGGCUGGUUUCUGGUCGCAGUGCUGCAGCUCGGCGACUUGUUCGAUUUUGCAGAAGCAGCACGUGUGACUGAUGAGCAUGAUGUGAUUUCUAGGAGGCUGUUCAAAGACCUGAGCACCAAGUGCCUGGAGUCAGUGCCGCAGGCCUAUUUCCAAGGCUAUGUGCUGUAUCGACUUGGGGCGCACGGCCAGUUGUUCAAGGUGGGCUCCUUCGUGGUAUCCUGCCUCGCCCUGGGGUACUCCUUGAUGGACAUGACGCAGAAACUCGACCCAGAUGUAUUUGCCCACCCCGGCGGCCCCUGCUCCAAGGCCUUGUUCACUCUGUUUUGGGCCACCGAUUUAGCAACGAGAACAGGGGCCGUGGCCAUGGCCUUCGUGGACCCCCUGAGGCCUUGGGCUGGGGCCCUGCUGGGCCUGGGCCCGCUCCUGUGUGGGGUAGCCUUUUUUUGUAUUCAUGCGGAUUGCGUCAACUUUCCAAUCAACCACUUGACUAUGUUUUGCGGCGCUGCAGUCCGCAGCGACAUUGAUCCGAACGGGGCAUGGAAGUUCAACCCCUCUGCCAACUUCUAUCGAUACGUCGAGACGGCCCUGCUGGCCCUCCUCGCCUUGCUCUUCACCCAAACGGCGUGCGGCACCUCGCCCACAAGUGAAGCCACGAUCUUCGCCGGCCUCUUCUCCGUGAAUCUGUUCCUGUUCCUUCUCUGCCGGCUCUACGUCAACGAUGCCUGGAGCAUCCGCUCGGGCCGGGCCCAAAGGGCUUCCGACGAUGAUGAUAGGACAAUGCUCGGGCGGCCCCGGGACUCUGAAUGA